GUUUGAAAUUGCAUUAAUCACUUCCUUGGCUAUUUUCAUGUUAGGCCAUUGCAUCAGUUGAAGAAGAACAAUACCAAAACUAAGAAAAUGCCUCUUUCACCUUCACUCUCACGCCGCUUCGCUUCACGCUUCUUCGCUAAGCCAUUCUCCACCACCCCAUCGCCACCGCCUCCCAUCCGCGUCGCACUCACCGAAUCCGCCGGCCGCGCCGUCUUCGCCACCCGCCCAAUCGCCGGAGGCCACCUCAUUCAUACCGCUAAACCCGCCGUCAUCCACCCCGCCACCCACACAGCCUGCUACUCCUGCCUUGCCACGCUCCCUCAACGCGCGUCGUUUUGUAGCCAACACUGCCUCCAACGCUCUGAGGGAUAUCACAGUGUUGAGAUGAAGGCAAAUUGGGGGGCUUUUGAUGACUAUUGCCGGACCCGUGGUUUGAAAUAUCCCUUUCUGGUAAAGCGAUUGGCUUGCAUGGUCAUAUCAGGAGAUGCCAAAAGUGACAGUCUUGACAUACUUCAGCCUGCCAAUUUGAUGCCUGAGAUGGUUUUAGAGAUGGAAGAAGAGUUUGCCUUGCUAAGGAAUGCCUUCACAAAGGCACUUAUUGCGGAUGAAAAUAUUGCCUUUUUGACUAAGCAAUGGUACAUUAAUGUUUUGGCACGAAUUCGAAUCAAUGCAUUUCGUAUUGAGUUGGCUGGAGGACUAUAUGAAGAUCUUUUUGCAUCAGCAGUUGCAUCUGUGGAAGCUGAAGCUGCUGUUGGAAAUGCUGUCUAUAUACUUCCAUCCUUCUACAAUCAUGAUUGUGAUCCUAAUGCACACAUUAUAUGGAUAGAUAACGCUGAUGCAAAAUUGAAGGCACUCCGUGACAUUGACGAAGGUGAAGAACUCAGAAUCUGCUAUAUUGAUGCCAGCCUGGACCGUGAUGCUCGGCAAGAGCUACUGUUUCGAGGUUUUGGUUUUCAAUGCAAUUGUAGUAGGUGCUUGCAUGGAGAUUAGUUAUCCUUCUGAUUUUCUUGUAGACCAUGACCUGGUGGGACACACUAUCAAGUUUGG